CCCCUUACUCCGGGGCCGUCGAACUUGUGUUUUCGGGGAGGUGCGCUCGGCCAAAAGGGGUGUCAGUGGCGUGGUGUGUGUGAGGGAUCAUGCAAAUGUGAAUUAGCUGCAGAACAAAUGCCUAAUGGUUGUGGAGAAAGGGACCACAAGUUCAGCUCUAGGGGAACAUGAAUGAGAGUUACCAGCAUCAGAUCUCUCACCACUCUAGGGUCCCUGGACACUAAUGCUAGCGCAGGGUGCUCAGAAGCCCCUAGCCAUCCGAGGGAGCCGAAGCGCCUGCGAUAUGACCCCUGAGAGCUGGUUAUGGUUUGGGGUAGGCUCCCUAAACACUUGGAAGAGGCCGCCCUGGUAGGGCGGGCGGGAACGUAGUAUGGUGAUCUGAGAAAGGCUGGUGUGUUGAUUUGACCGAAAGGCUGUCUCAUCACGACUAUAGGUGGUAUCGUGGCCUCAGGGACAUGCUCGGAAAUAAGAAUGGGCUAGUAAUUUGUUGGAUUCUGAAAGGGAGGAUAGGGUGGAGGGUUUCUGUACACCGUUUCGUCUACUCUUCUUAAGCUGCUAGAGGUGGAGUUACCAAAGGAGUGCUCUGGUGUCUAGACGGUCGGUCGGGCAGAGGUGAGGGAGGAGAGGGAGGAAGUGAGAUUCUUAGGAAAGCAGUGUGCCUGCAGGCUUCUCGGGUGAGCUCGGGUUUUGAGCAUAGAAAUGAACCAUGAUGGUGCUCAUGGAGCACAAACAAUGCCUUGAGAUCAGGCUAAGGGGGGAGAAGGUGAAGGAAUUGGAUAUAGCCUGUAUUCUAGGCACCAAGCUUAGAAACAGGGGAAUACUUCCCCCGCAGCCCUACGGUGCUGGAAUGCAGUGUAGAGGUUUGGUAACACUUUACAGGGUCCCUAAGCCAGCAGGACAAGCCAUCAUUAGGGCUUGAACCUUGGGCUCCAUUAUUAGGAAGCUGAGAAUGAAGCAGACAAUUAAGGCAAGUUUAGUAACUACCUACUAAGUCUUAAUUUUUCCUUAUGACAUCAGGGUGACACUUACCUUCAGUUGUUUGGGGGCUUACAUGAGAACAAUAUGUGUAAAGUUCUUAGCACAGCGCUUGGAUCAUUUACAAACACAAACUACAAGGUAACAAAAGAAUAGCGAUAUAAGUUAGGGAUUUAUGUGCAUGCUGUGGCCGAGAGCAGUCCUCAUCUUCUGUUUUUCUGCAAGUUUUGAUGACUCCUCUUUUCCCUCUCUCUGAUUUUUUUUUUUUUUUUUUUUGGUCUUUGGGCACCAGCCCAAAUUCCAUCAUUCCUCCCCUGUAUUCCUCUCCCAAGAUCUGGGCCCCAGACUGAGGCAACUUGCUGUGUCCCAGUUUGACUUCCUCAUCUUAAAUCCAUUCUCCCUGACACCCCCCCCCCACACCUAUUCUGUGCUGUAAUAGUAACUAGAAAGUCUGCCUUUGAAGGGGGGCCCCAGGGAAGGAGCAAAGGUGCGUUCUCUCAGAACCUAGGCCUCCAAUUUACCCGCCCUAGCUCUUUGGUACCUGGCCAGUAACUGUGUACAGUCUGGUGACGGGGAAAAGCCAAUGCCAGGAGUUUUAAGACCCAGCUAAGGGAGGGUAAAAGCGGGUACCGCAAAGAGAACCAGGCAUGGGGGCGGGGGAGGGGGACCCCCUUCCUCCUAACCGUCUCUCCAGGAAUUUUUGGCUUUUGUACAGGACCGCUGUCGUUGGGUUGGGGGAGGCGCCAAGGCUGUGUGCAUGUCCUGGGCCAUCGGCCAAGAGAACACGAUGUUCCCUAGUGCUCUGGCCGCCGCCCUCUGGGGCUGGCCGCCUCCCAAACCGCUGCCUCUCCAGCCUCCCUGCCCCACAUUCCCCGGCUGCCUCGCCCCGCCUCCUGCCUCCGCUUUGACGUCACCUCCCUCUCCCGCCCCCUCUUCUCCAUUGACGGCAGCAGAGCCUGGUUACUGUGGUCGGGAUUGUGAGGCUCGACAGCCUGGGCCUUGGGAUCAGGUUGGGGCUGUUUGGAGUGCUGAAACCUUUUGUCUGUGUAAAUGACAGAUACGGAAGUGGGCGAGCAACGGCUGCUUGGGUCAGAGGAAUCACACCUAAAUCCUUGAGAGCUUUUGAAAGAGAAAGGGGUCUGAAAAAAAAAAAAAAAAAAGGACAGCACACGGUCACAACGCAGUACGAGGGGGCAUGAGAGCAGCAUCAUUUUCAGGAGGAGGAAGCUGAGCACUCAGCCUCCCGUGUCUUUUGUUUUCUGUGUUUCCCUGCUUCUGUUUUUCUGGGUUAUUUUAUAACACGUCUGUGUCCCAGCAUUUCUAUAGAACCCUGCCUCGCCGCCUCCUCCAAGGGAAACACCAUUGUUAAGGAAAGCUUUAGCCACGUGACAGUGAGGGGCGUGCACUUAACAGCUGAUUAUGUCAGCAGCUGUGUGGUGGCCUCUUCACUUGCCACCUACGUUUCCAGGGAAGCCUGAGAACUACUCAGCUCAGGCCUAGGAAAGGGGGCUGUGUCACUGUAGCUCUCCUGGACCCAGACUGGCAUGUUGUUCCCCCACCUCCCCAAAAUCGAGUCCCUAUUCUCUUUUUAUGAAUCAAUGCUCUACUUUUCUUUUGAAAACGUAAUUUGUUGCCUCCUCUCCUGAGGCUCCCUCUCCCCUACCUAUCCUUAAUAGAAACAGCCAUCCUGUUUACCGAGCAUCUACUGUCAGUCCUGACGCUGACCCAGCCACCCAUCCUUUUUCUGCCUACCGCCGCAACUGCCCUCUCUGCUGCCCCUUUUGUAGUCCUGGCUUCCUGGCCCCCACUUUUGGGGCAGCCCUAAAUGUGGGUGGCUGCAUCCUCUGCAGAGGCAGCACUAGUCACCAAGUAGGCUUCCUGGAGACCUUUUCUCUGAUUGGCUAGCGAAACACCUGCUUUUGUUUCCUUUCACAGUGGCCAUUGGCUUUUGCUGUCCUUUCCGUUUGUCUGUAUCCAUCACCCACUCACCCCUUAACGACACGUGGACCCUCAAUUGCCCUUCUCUCAGGAUCUGAAGGGUCAGAGGAAAGGGUUGGAUUCUUUAUGACAAGGCCAGGGAGAGGCCAGGGAAUGUCAGUCUGGGUUUUUCUCUCUCCCACUUCCCUUGGGUAGCAGACAUUUCAUUCACCCGGCACCAGAACAGGUGUCUUGUUCUGCCAAGCUGGUCAGUUUAGGAAGUAGGUUUCUCUUGAGCACUUCUUGUGACCCAGGUAUCCUCCCUGAAAAGGGCUAGUUUCCCUCCCUCACUUCCCUUUCAUUAUUGACUGUGUGAGACAUCCUGAUCGCAUUGGCUGACUGAGCGGUGUCUGAGGCCCUUCAGCCCAGCACCAGCACCCAAGUCCACGUGCAGGGAUGUGUGUGACACAGCCCUGACCUCAGUGGGGACCAGUAGCCAAUCAGAUGCCAGGAAGAGAUCCUUAGCCAACCGGGGGCGGGGCCUGCGGCUCUUCGGGCAGAAGGCCAAUGAGGGGCAGGGCCUGGCAUUAUGCAACCCGCCUCCCAGCCUCGCGGAGCUUCUGGGUUGCGGGCCGAAACGGCAAGCGGAUGGAGGGCGCUGGAACGGCCAGGUGCCGUGAUUAAAUUAGUCAGCCCUCAGAGACAGGCGUCCUACCUCCUUUAUCCAGACCUCAAAAGCCCCGUUGUACACCCGUGGUGGCUUCUUCACCUUCCCUGUUUCGUCCUCCACUGUAUGGCCCAGACAUGAGUGGUCCCCUAGAAGGGGCCGAUGGGGGAGGAGACCCCAGGCCCGGAGAACCUUUUUGUCCUGGAGGAGUCCCAUCCCCUGGGGCCCCGCAGCACCGGCCUUGUCCAGGCCCCAGCCUGGCUGAUGACACUGAUGCAAACAGCAAUGGCUCAAGUGGCAAUGAGUCGAACGGACCCGAGUCCAGGGGCGCAUCUCAGCGGAGUUCUCAUAGUUCCUCUUCUGGCAAUGGCAAGGACUCAGCUCUGCUGGAGACCACUGAGAGCAGCAAAAGUACAAACUCACAGAGCCCAUCCCCACCCAGCAGCUCCAUUGCCUACAGCCUCCUGAGUGCGAGCUCAGAGCAGGACAACCCAUCUACCAGUGGCUGCAGCAGCGAACAGUCAGCUCGAGCCAGGACCCAGAAAGAACUCAUGACUGCACUUCGGGAGCUCAAACUUCGACUGCCACCAGAGCGUCGGGGCAAGGGCCGCUCUGGGACCUUGGCCACACUGCAGUAUGCUCUGGCCUGUGUCAAGCAGGUGCAGGCUAACCAGGAGUAUUACCAGCAGUGGAGUCUGGAGGAGGGUGAGCCUUGUGCCAUGGACAUGUCUACUUAUACCCUGGAGGAACUGGAGCACAUCACAUCCGAAUACACACUUCGAAACCAGGACACCUUCUCUGUGGCUGUGUCCUUCCUGACAGGCCGGAUUGUCUAUAUUUCGGAGCAGGCAGGUGUCCUGCUGCGUUGCAAACGGGAUGUGUUUCGGGGUGCCCGCUUCUCAGAGCUCCUAGCUCCCCAGGAUGUGGGUGUCUUCUAUGGCUCUACUACACCAUCACGAUUGCCCACCUGGGGCACUGGCACCUCUGCAGGUUCAGGCCUCAAGGACUUCACCCAGGAAAAGUCUGUCUUCUGCCGAAUCAGAGGAGGUCCUGACCGGGAUCCAGGGCCUCGGUACCAGCCAUUCCGCUUAACCCCAUAUGUGACCAAGAUUCGGGUCUCAGAUGGGGCACCUGCACAGCCGUGCUGCCUACUCAUUGCAGAGCGCAUCCACUCCGGUUAUGAAGCUCCCCGGAUCCCUCCUGACAAGAGGAUCUUCACCACCCGACACACACCAAGCUGCCUCUUCCAGGAUGUAGAUGAAAGGGCUGCCCCACUGCUGGGUUACCUCCCCCAGGAUCUCCUAGGGGCUCCGGUACUUCUCUUUCUACAUCCUGAGGACCGACCCCUCAUGCUGGCCAUUCAUAAGAAGAUACUGCAGCUGGCAGGCCAGCCCUUUGACCAUUCCCCUAUUCGCUUCUGUGCUCGGAACGGGGAAUAUGUCACCAUGGACACCAGCUGGGCCGGUUUUGUGCACCCCUGGAGCCGCAAGGUGGCUUUCGUGCUGGGUCGCCAUAAAGUGCGCACGGCACCCCUGAAUGAGGACGUCUUCACUCCCCCAGCCCCCAGCCCAGCUCCAUCCCUGGACUCUGAUAUCCAGGAACUCUCAGAGCAGAUCCAUCGAUUGCUGCUGCAGCCUGUGCACAGCUCCAGCCCCACAGGGCUCUGUGGAGUUGGCCCUCUGAUGUCCCCUGGUCCUCUACAUAGCCCUGGCUCCUCCAGUGAUAGCAAUGGUGGGGACGCUGAGGGGCCUGGGCCUCCUGCUCCAGUGACUUUCCAGCAGAUCUGUAAGGAUGUGCAUCUGGUAAAGCACCAGGGACAACAGCUUUUCAUUGAGUCUCGGGCCAAGCCUCCGCCCCGGCCCCGCCUCCUUGCUACAGGUACAUUCAAAGCCAAAGUCCUUCCCUGCCAGUCCCCAAACCCCGAACUGGAGGUGGCCCCAGUUCCUGACCAAGCCUCAUUAGCCUUGGCCCCUGAGGAGCCAGAGAGGAAAGAAACCUCUGGCUGUUCCUACCAGCAGAUCAACUGCCUGGACAGCAUCCUCAGGUAUUUGGAGAGCUGCAACAUUCCCAGUACAACCAAGCGUAAAUGUGCCUCCUCCUCCUCCUACACUGCCUCUUCAGCCUCUGACGAUGACAAGCAGAGGGCAGGUCCAGUUCCUGUGGGGGCCAAGAAAGAUCCGUCGUCAGCAGUGCUGUCUGGGGAGGGGGCAACUCCUCGGAAGGAGCCAGUGGUGGGAGGCACCCUGAGCCCGCUCGCCCUGGCCAAUAAGGCAGAGAGCGUGGUGUCCGUCACCAGUCAGUGUAGCUUCAGCUCCACCAUCGUCCAUGUGGGAGACAAGAAGCCCCCGGAGUCGGACAUCAUCAUGAUGGAAGACCUGCCUGGCCUGGCCCCUGGCCCAGCCCCCAGUCCGGCCCCCAGCCCCACAGUAGCCCCUGACCCAACCCCAGAUGCUUAUCGCCCAGUGGGUCUGACCAAGGCCGUGCUGUCCCUGCACACACAGAAGGAAGAGCAAGCCUUCCUCAACCGCUUCAGAGAUCUUGGCAGGCUUCGUGGACUUGACACCUCUUCUGUGGCCCCCUCAGCCCCUGGCUGCCACCAUGGCCCCAUUCCCCCUGGUCGCCGACACCACUGCCGAUCUAAAGCAAAGCGUUCCCGUCACCACCACCACCAGACCCCCCGGCCCGAAACUCCCUGCUAUGUCUCCCAUCCUUCACCUGUGCCCUCUUCUGGACCCUGGCCACCCCCACCAGCCACUACCCCCUUCCCAGCAGUGGUCCAGCCCUACCCACUCCCAGUAUUCUCCCCUCGAGGAGGACCCCAGCCCCUUCCCCCUGCCCCUACAUCUGUAUCCCCUGCUACCUUCCCUUCUCCCUUAGUGACCCCAAUGGUGGCCUUGGUGCUCCCUAACUAUCUAUUCCCUACCCCACCUAGUUAUCCAUAUGGGGUGUCCCAGGCCCCUGUUGAGGGGCCACCCACGCCCGCUUCCCACUCUCCCUCUCCAUCCCUGCCCCCACCACCUCCUAGCCCCCCCCACCGCCCAGACUCCCCACUGUUCAACUCAAGAUGCAGCUCCCCACUCCAGCUCAAUCUGCUGCAGCUUGAGGAGUCCCCCCGCACAGAGGGGGGCGCUGCUGCAGGAGGCCCCGGAAGCAGUGCGGGGCCCCUGCCUCCCAGUGAGGAGACUGCUGAGCCAGAGGCCAGAUUGGUGGAGGUUACUGAGUCGUCCAAUCAGGAUGCACUUUCAGGCUCCAGCGACCUGCUGGAGCUACUGCUACAAGAAGACUCUCGCUCGGGCACAGGCUCCGCAGCCUCAGGCUCCCUGGGCUCUGGCCUGGGCUCUGGGUCUGGUUCAGGAUCCCACGAAGGGGGAAGCACCUCAGCCAGCGUCACCCGCAGCAGUCAGAGCAGCCAUACAAGCAAGUACUUUGGCAGCAUCGACUCUUCCGAGGCUGAAGCUGGGGCUGCUCAGGCCAGGACUGAGCCUGGGGACCAGGUCAUUAAGUAUGUGCUCCAGGACCCCAUCUGGCUGCUCAUGGCCAAUGCCGACCAGCAUGUCAUGAUGACAUACCAGGUGCCGUCCAGGGAUGCAGCCUCUGUGCUGAAGCAAGACCGGGAGAGGCUCCGGGCCAUGCAGAAACAGCAGCCACAGUUCUCAGAGGACCAGAGGCGGGAACUGGGUGCUGUGCACUCCUGGGUCCGGAAGGGCCAGCUGCCUCGGGCCCUUGAUGUGACGGCGUGUGUGGACUGUGGCAGCAGCGUUCAAGAUCCUGGCCACUCUGAUGACCCACUCUUCUCAGAACUGGAUGGAUUGGGGCUGGAGCCCAUGGAAGAGGGUGGAGGCGAGGGUGGUGGGGGUGGUGUUGGAGGCGGUGGGGGUGAUGGUGGUGAGGAGGCCCAGACCCAAAUUGGGGCUAAGGGUUCAAGCUCUCAGGACUCUGCCAUGGAGGAAGAAGAGCAAGGUGGGGGCUCAUCCAGCCCAGCUUUACCUGCAGAAGAAAACAGCACCAGCUAGACUCCAUUUUGGGGCCGCUUACAGCAGUCAUGAGAGGCUUCCUUUCGACCAUGUUGGGGUUCUUAUAACUCAAGAUACAGCUGGACCAACCAAUAGGAAACUGCCCCAGCUUCUCCCAACAUAGGGGGCCGGACCCCCAUUACCAGCCCAGGCGCAGGAGCUGCCUCUCGCUUCUUAGCAGAGUGGAAGUUCUCAGCCCCAUUUGGAGGAUUGUCCUGCUGAGGAGACUGGCGGUUCUUUGGUUAAGGUUGCUGACAAGCUGCUGAAGUGGUCUCUCCAAAUCCCAGCUGAGCCUGAGUCCCAGUCGCAGGGUUGGGGCUGCACUUAUUUAUUUGGGAGAGACAGCUCACUCUCCCACCUCACCCCAAGAUGGGAGGAGGGGAGCCUGGGAUCUGUGUAGGAUCCAGGUCCGUGAACCCCUAGCUGCUCCAGGGUGGGGGAGGUUGGUGGACCAUGGAGUCCCUGGUGCUGCCCCUCAGGUGGGACCCAGGUGUUCUCAGCUCUACCCUCUACCAAUGACAUUUGUGUUUUUGAUAUUGUGUCUGUUAUUUUUUUUUUUUUAAUACAAAAUGAAAAA